AGUAUACAUAAAUAAGGUUUUUGUGUAUUGUUUUAGAACGACGUACCGGCCACCUAGAGAAAGUAUCAUAAACUAUAAUGACAAGACAAUUGUAGUAAGUUCAUUACAAUACGUCCAUUAUUGUUCUAGGAAGUAGGUGAAUUAUUUCAAUUCGGUUGAAAAUAUAUAAAAAUGUCUCGAUUUUGGAAUGAUUUUCAAGCGUCCUAUCACGACCAUGUCUGUCUUAUUGUCACCGAAAAAGAUGUAUUAGAGAUUAGUUUACGGGGCACCAAUUGGGUGGCAAGUUUCAAACGAUGGUGGCAUGAUCUUUUUCUCCUUUCACAUAACGAUCCGAGAGUUAGAUUAUUCUACGGCAGUUCGCAUGCCGUGAGAAUGGACCGACUGAAGCAGUUCCGUUUAUACAGAUCGACGAUACAUCCACUUAGCAAGUUUAGACAUGUAUGGGACAUCAUCAUGUUAUUCGUUGUAGUUUUAAACAUGGCACUGUUUUUUCACAGCACUUCAAAUAUUUACGGUGAAUUCGACUGGUCGGUUUAUUUUAUCGCUGUCAUUCUUGAAUUUAUUAUCUUCCUAGAUAUUUAUGUCACUUCGAGAACCGGCUACAUUAACUAUGAAUCGAGGAAAAUUGUCCUAAACUCAAAAAAAGUUUUAAUCCACUACGCGUCAACUAAGCUAUUCGCACACGUUGUGUCAUCGCUGCCUUUGCAAUGUUUACUGUUUUUGAGGUACGGUCGUAAUAUCAAUUGUUCUGCGUGCAAAGCUAACAAAUUUGUAGCCACAUUGGAAAUUCUGAGUAUAUUUCGUUUGUACAAACUAUUUGAUGUCACUCGAUACUGGAACAGACAGAGGUCAUCCUUUACGGCAACCUAUUUCUUCAAAUUCCUUCGUAUUUUUGUAUUCGGUUUGGCCACUAUGCUUAUAAUCAUGAAUAUAUCUGACACCAUUAACCUUCUUACUAUUAUAGCUACUGGUAAUACAGAUGAAAGGUCAUAUUUCCUUACAAUUUUCAGGCUUAAGCACGGCGAAGAUAAGCCGUUAUCAAAUGCAAUGCUUAUCUGCGUGGAAUUUGCUAGGAUAUGCAAAUCUUUUUUGCUAUUUAGUUUCAGUCUCAAACCUCGUAUAUAUUUUUUGGACAAGAUAGCUUCGUUAUUCGCGUACCUAGUAGCAAUGGUAUUCUAUAUGUGGAGUCUCAUCGAAUGUUAUGUUUGCGUCGGUAGAUUGUAUUUUCCAGAAAAUCAAUUAGUCAUGACUGUGGAGGAAACUUCGAAUUUGAUCAAAUGGCGACAAUUACCUGACAGUUUUGCAAGGAAAGUGCGAAAGUACUACGAAUUUAACAUGACAAGGCUUUCAAUCACGGAAGCAGUGAACGGACUCUAUAAGAAUUUACCACAGAGUCUACGAAAGGAUAUUUCUUUGAGUUCUUAUACGCAUUUGAUAAUAAAAAUACCAUAUUUUGCUGAAUGGCCUUCUUUCUUGAUUCAGAACAUAGCGCUGUUGCUACAAGAAGAACAUUACAUGCAAGGAGAUCUUGUUGCUCAAGCGUCCGUUCAUAGCGAUGGUCUCAUUAUUAUUGACGUAGGUGUGCUCGGUGUAUAUUCUAUAAACAACGAAGAGAAAGGUCAUCUUAUAGACGGAGACUAUUUCUGUGAGUUGUCCUUAGUCACAGAUAGAGAAUUGAGAAUGUCGUCCGUAGUUGCCCUUACCCCCAGUAAGAUAUUAUUCUUAGAUAAGUUUCUAUUUAGACAUCUUAUGAGGGAUCACGUUGAACUUUUCACUGAUAUGAAAAAUAGAUUAACUUCUAAAUAUAAGUCGCAGGACUCGAAAACUAACGAACAGCCGAAUAUUGUGGAGACAUAUUAAAUGUACGUGGUAUAUAAAAUGCGUGUAAUUUCUUUCGUCGACUUCCCACUCAACAGAUUUCGAAACUGUUCAGUGGGUCUGACAUUUAGUAAACAAUUUAUUUAUAAUAUUUAAACGGAAAGAUGAGAGGAAGUAAGUGAUGAAAUUUUCUAAACAUUAAAACAUAUUAAAAUAUAAUUGUCGUCUGUGAUUUUGUUUUCCUGGUUUUUCACAAAGUCUCAGGGUUUCGAGUGCAUCUCCAUAUAAGCUCCACUCAACACCUAUGGCUAUAAAUGUAAAAUUUUCCAUCCGGUAAUGUCUCGCACAAACUAAAACAGUAUCGUCGUCUGUCUCCUUAACUUUUAUUAAUUAGUUUGUGGAUAUUAAUUGAAAGAAUUUUGUCAUAGUUAUUAAUUGUAUGUUUCGGUAACGAGGUAGUCAGUUUUAAUAAUUACUGCGGUCUCGCUGGCGACGCAUGCCGAUGACGUGACUGAAUUGUAGAAUCGGAGUGGUCUGAAGUUUGCUCAAUUCUUACGAAUCCAGGCCAGUAAAACAGUAUUGUUUUAUAAACGCUGCGUAAAUUCCGCUAACGUGCUCCGUGAAUGCGAAUCACUUUUUUCUUUUAAGUUUAAUUGUCAUUCUCCAUAGUGUAGUGUUGCGACAAAACAGUGAAAUCUUUUCUGUAUAUUAACCAGUGAUGUGCAUAAUAUAGUUAUGAGUUUGCAUAAUCCAUUUAACAGCUGAUAGUUUAUUUUUUGUUUAUCUUAGUCGAUUACGGCUGUUACGGUGAUUAUUCGAGCUGUUAAAAUAAACAUUAGUUCAUAUUUUUAUGUAUUAUAAUAUUUGUGAUUAAUUUGAAAAACUAUAAUCCGUAGAAACUAUUUGUUUUUUUGUUUGUUAUUGUUAUUAGUGUUCAGAACCAAAUCUUUUAUUUCUAAGAAAAAAAAAAUAUAAAUAAAACAUUAA